GUUCAUUGACCCGAUCGGACGACUAAAGAUUCGAUCAAUCAUAGUCACAAUCGCCAAGUCUCCCAGAGGUUUCCUCUGACCAUCUUCUUCACCAUGGGAGCACCAUCUCCCGAGAUGGCUCGAUCGCCUACCUCGUUCGCUUCCCCAAGGCUACCACGAUCAAGGACGCAAAGUAUAUCCAGCGACCGACCGUCGACCAUUGGACAGGGCUUAGUCUCCCCGCCUCAGUCUGUUUCGCCCGAAGCUGCCUUCAUUGCUGCCUCUGCUGCAUCACAGAUCGUUACGAACGAUUACGAUAGCCACGCAGACUCGUGGUAUGAUGACAAUGGCAUGCUUCCCUCAGGCGAGACUGCUUUAGUCUCCCAGGGCGCCCUGCAGCUCGUCAACAACUUCCUCGACCAGCUCCUCUUCAACUUCCUACAAGUGUCCAAGGCUACGACACUUGCCGCCCUUCGACCCGCUGUCACCGAAGUGCUCAAGCCUAAACUGGCCAAAGACGCAAUCAAUAAUGCCGACGAGGAACUGCGUGAAUACCUGGGAGGGGGCGACGAGGAUGACUUUGUUCAGCCGCAAGGGGCCGAUGCGGCUGCUCGUGACUGGGACCUGGAGCUUGUUUGGAAGCGCACACGUCUGAGGUGCAUGGUCUACUCUUCGCUUGGAGACAUGGAGGAGGAAGACGAGGAUCUCUACAUGGAACAAGAGAACCUGGAAAUUGGCGCUGAUGAGCAGAUCUCAGACGUCAUCUCACCAGCUGUUGCGAUUUUACUCACCUCUGUCCUCGAGUACAUGGGCGAACUCACUCUCACAGUUGCGGGGCAAGCGUCAUAUCACAGGCUGCGCACGGCAUUUCAGAAGGAUAUCAAGGACGGUUCGCGCCAUGCGUCAGAUAUCGGCGAGCGUAUCGUGGUGGAGGACGGAGACAUGGAGCGGGUCGCCCUCGACCGAACUCUAGGCCGACUUUGGAGGGGGUGGAAAAAGCGCAUCAGGAGCCCUACGCCCAUGGAUCUGGGCUCUCGGCCUUAUUCGAGGGCCUCCUUAGGACACAUGAGGAGUAGCAGCACUGCCACCGAUGUCCUCGUGUCGCGGACGGUCACAAGUGACGGUGAGACCGAAGUAAAACGCAACUCGGGACUCGUGGAACGGGGUGCGGAAGGCGUGGCCAAGAACGACACUGAGGCUUCGGAAGAGCCCAAGCCCUUGAUGGCAACAGAUCCUGCCGAAAUUCCGCUGCCAUGGACGGAGAACGACGUGGACGAGAUCGAGGUGCCUGGUCUGGCAUACAACAGUGACGAGGAUGACGAGGACGUGGAAGCGGAAGACCUCCCAAAAAGGCCUUUUAGCUUCAUUUUGCCCGCCUCCCUGCUCCAACAGUCUGCGACCCCCAAGAAGCAUGGGCGCUCUUCGUCGCUCCCCCGUGCCAAGCGUGCUAGGUUCCAUGCUGCCCUGGACGAGGCAAACGAGAAGGAUACAGAGGCAAACGAGGAAGCUGUGGGGCAACCGCAUCGCGAAGCAGACGUCGUCGAUGGAACUGGAGCCCCUGGGGCAUCAGAAACCGCCGAGGACGGCCAAGAGGCCAUUGGCGUUGCACAGACCACUGAUGAAAGAACCGAGAAAUCAAAGUCUUCACAGGCGGAAGAUAUGGGCACCUACGAGAGGGCGGAGAUCAUGACAUCCUCACGGGUGUCGGUGGCUAGCAGCAGCUCUUCAAACUAUGAAGGUCGCUCAAGGAAGUCGACUAGUGUGUCCUCGGCACGCAUCGUUGACGUGCCUGCGCCAAAGGCGUCCGGAUCACGUUCUCCGUCCAUCGACGCCGCGGAGAGACCUCCACGCUGGUCGAGCCACCAGCCACGCCGUAGCCAUUCACCCAGUCCUGUGGAUAGUGGUCGGGCAACUCAGGCAGCGGAUACCAAUGCUGGCGCUGCCAAUGUGACAUACCCGAUGAGACCGUCCACGGAUCGUACGAAGAAUGCAAGCACAACUUCUUCUCCGGGGUCAGGCGAGGUUUUCCAGGUCCAUACGACCAAGUCUCAUGCUCCCGAGCCUGCGGCGUCUGGCACAAGUGCACGACCCUACGCCAAGCCAUCGUCGAGUCGAGCCAUGCACAGCAACACAAAUACCAUUGAGUCGAUCCCCGAGGUCCCCUCCAAGUCUCCCAACCGACACGGCCGACAAGAGAGUCAAGCACUGAGUGAGAAGACGAUAUCGAGGGACUCGGAGGAUAUGGCCUUCAUGCCCAUCCAGUCCAAUGCCUCUCAGCGUCAGACUCACACCUCCGGGUCAUCGAGCUCGUCGCCCACUGGCCGCAUCAAGCCGGUGCGAACCUCCGAGGAACACGUUCCCACGCACGCCGAGAGCGUGGCGCGCAACUUUGAGGAGCUCAUCCAGAGCAAUCAGACAAUCACAUACACCCUCACGCCUGAGAACAUGCGUGCCAUGGACUCUCCGCGCUCCCCACACAGCUCUACUUCACCCAAGUUCCCCGACAGCAAACCUACAACAGAUCGUGUUCGAUCAUCCUCCACCACCACCGAUUACAAGGCUGCGCCAGCCUCCCGCGUGGCUGGCGGCGGUAACCAUUCCCCCAUUGACUCCACAGGCAACAGGCCAACACCCAUUGCCGUCCCCGGCGGUGGCGCCAACGCCAUGGGCAAGCCGAGUACAGUCAAGUCUCCCCUGAAGGGCACAACGAGCCCUGUCAUCACUAGCCCGGCCGCCUCCCAGUCGCCUCGAACGUCACCCCGAGUGCAUUCUGGCCUGGCCAGAGAAGCACGUGUGCCUGCGGAUUCUACCGCCGACUUUGCUGAGUUCAUAAAGUCGACAGGGCCCCCUGGGGAGUCGCGUGCACCGGCGGGUCUUCGUGCCAGUGGUGCCACUGCGGCGCCCCCAACGAUGAGCAAGACGGAAAGCAUCACCCGUCGUGUGUCUACCACGAACCGCAACCGCUAUCAGCCACGCGACGCCGCGGUUGAGGAGAAGGACGACAGCGGUGAUCUUGUCGACUUUCUUCGUCAAGGACCGCCCAGCACCAGGACCAACACCAGAGGCCCGAAACAUGGAGGAGCACCGCUGCAGACCGCCACCAUCCCCGAGGCGCGCAACAGCCAGGCAUCCACAACCGUCACCGAGCCGUCGAUCCAGUCGUCGGCCAACUCCAACACGGUGUUGUUGAAGAACAAGCCAUCGCCUGCGCAGUACAACAAGAUGUUCGACGAUGAGGAGGACAUGAUUCCCAAGCGCAAACAGAGACGCGUCCGGGAUCCCUACGCCAUCGACUUUAGCGACGAAGAGGAGGACGACGAUGACCUGCUAGGCACGCCUCAGCCUUCUGCGAGGAAACCGCCCGUGAAAAAGGAAGAGAGUCUGGCCGAGUUCCUGCGCAACUACGAGCCACCACCGGAGCCCGUCCGCGCUCCUGUCGUUCCGGACAAGGUGCCCAAGAAGAAGGCGAGCGCGCCCAGCCUCAUGGGUCGACUCACGCGCGGCCAAUUUGGCAGGGAUCGAAGCGACAGCGGCAGCGCAAAGGACAAUGGCCGCGCUGCGUCCAAGCCGACACCAGCCCCUGAGGUCCGGUCGACGAACUAUCGCGCAGAAUCCGCCUCCAGCAACGGGCCCCGAAAUGGCCAUGUGCCCAUCCAAGUCAACAUACCCACGAGCCAGAGUCACAACAACGCGUACGGGUCAUCAGAGCCGCGAGUGGAGCGACCCCGUGUUGCCUCGGCCGCUGGAUCGGGGUCUGGCAGGGUGCCCAUGAAGAAGUUUGUGCCUCGCGAACCAGUUGGUGGCGGCAGCCGCAGUGAGACCGCCGACCUGGCGGCCUUCCUCCGUGACUCGGGGCCACCUCCUGGCAUGAAGGAGCCAACGCCUGCGCAGUCUCCUCCCGCGGCUGCGGAAGGGUCAGGGUUUUCCAAGUUCCUGAAUCGCCGCAAGAAGACUCUAGCCUGAGCUUGCAGGCUUCACACUCUCAUCUCUCUCCCCCUUUCUCCUUUUAUAUCACCACUUUACUUACGGCUGAAGACUAUGCAACGACGUUUUUGUUUUUCUUCUUUCUUUCCCAUGAGGCCAUGUUUUGUAUCUUG